AUAAUUCUCACUGUUGUGCUCACCAAUAACAAACAGAUUCUAUUAAAAAUUCUAUUUUUUUUAAUAAUUUAUCUUUUUAUUGAUAAGAGCAACUUGAUCUUUGCGUAACUAACGUCGCAGUUUCAACUUCAAUAUGGGAAAAUAUAAAAUCAAGGUGGGAAUUAUCGGCGGCUCCGGAUUGGGUGAUAUCGCAAAUAAAGUGCUGACAAACAGCAAUCAGCUUGAUUUAAAGGAUUUAAAAAAUGACUUUGGGAUUCCCAGUGGCAACAUCUACACCGGAGUCAUCAAUGGCGUUGAUGUUGCCUUGCUAUCUCGACACGGCCAAGGACACAAAAUUAACCCGACUAAUGUAAAUUAUCGCGCAAAUAUCGAAGCGUUGAAACUGAUAGGCUGCACUCAUAUAUUAGCGUCUAAUGCUUGCGGGUCACUGUGCGAAGAAAUUGGCCGUGGACAAUUAGUUAUCCCUGACAGUUAUAUUGACCGGACUGUUGCAAGAAAGAACAGUUUGUUCGACGGAACUUCUCCGCGGUACCAAGGAGUCUGCCACAUGCCGAUGGAACCGUCGUUCCAUCCAGAUGUCGCUGAUGUAUUCGAACAAGCUGCUAAGGAACUGGGAAUUAGUGUUAGAAAAGGAGGAACUAUUGUAAUUAUUGAGGGACCGAGAUUUUCUUCAAAAGCGGAGAGUAACGCUUUCAGGUUAUGGGGCGGCCAUCUAGUCGGCAUGACUUCGUGUCCUGAGGUUAGCGUAGCCAAAGAAGCUGGAAUAAUCUACGGCGCUAUCGCCAUGGCUACUGACUACGACUGCUGGAAGGAGUCCGACAACGUCUGUGCCGGGGACGUUAUCCAAGUCUUCUUACAAAAUGUCUCCAAAAUAACCGACCUGCUGAUCAAGGCCGUCGAACUGAUCGGCCAGCGACAGUGGGACCAGCAGCUCGAUCAUCUCAAAAAUCUCGUGGAAUCUGGAAACGUCUCAUCCAAAAAUUGAUCCCAAGUAAAAUAAAAUAAAAAAAAUUAUUUCACAUUUAACACACAACACACUCAAACUAUUUUUGUAUCUACAAUAAAUAAUAAUAAAUUAAUAAUAAUAAAAUCAUUGAUUAUUAUCAACGGAA